UUAUCCCUUCUUUUGAAGUUACACGUACGAAUCAAUAUAUUUUUCAUUAGCUAACAUUUCUUUCCAUACCUUCUCCUGUUGUGUUCCUUUUGUCCGACAGUAAUGAUUUUUAUCAGAGAUUUGCACAAAAACACAGUUGACUAACUGCAUUUUGUUUUUGCCUGGCUUGGCAAAUUGCUAAUACGAUAUCAGCCCAUUAUUUGGCAUGGUAGGAAAAUUUUCAGUGGUCUUAAUAUGCGUGAGCAGUUACUUCAGUCAAUCCUGGUGAUUGAAUGAAAUUGCUUACAUCAUUUUGGAGUAAAUUUUUUUAUUUGGUUAGGGGCUCAUGGGAUGGUCAAUACCUGUGACAUGAUUCAGAGGAGCAGACCCAAUUCUUGCCUCUAUCCUCAAUGGUCAAUCAUAUGCAAGAGAGAUGGAAAAGUACAUUGGCAUGCGCAUUAAGUAGAGAACUACACUCUAGGGGAAAGUUGUCAUAUGUCCUUGAUGGAGAUAACCUUCGGCAUGGUCUGAACAAGGAUCUUGGUUUCAAAGCUGAAGACCGGGCUGAAAAUAUACGCAGAGUUGGGGAGGUAGCAAAACUCUUUGCAGAUGCGGGAUUGAUUUGUAUUGCUAGCCUCAUAUCUCCUUAUAGGAAAGAUCGAGAUGCUUGCCGUGCAAUGUUAUCUGAUCCAAACUUUAUUGAGGUUUUCAUGAACAUGCCCCUAGAAUUAUGUGAGUCAAGAGAUGCAAAAGGCCUUUACAAGCUUGCACGUGCUGGAAAGAUUAAAGGUUUUACCGGAAUAGAUGACCCUUACGAGCCACCAGAGAAUUGCGAGAUAGAAAUAGAACAAGAAAAUGGAGUUUGCCCCAUGCCUGCAGCCAUGGCAGGCCAAGUAGUGUCCUACUUGGAGGAGAAAGGAUUUCUUCGAGUUCAGUGACUUGCCUCUGUUCAACUUACCUGUUGCAUAUCUGGCAAGGCAUCACUUUGGAGUUAAGGAUUUUAUUUAGAACAAAACAUAUGAUUGGUUGGAUCAACCCGGCGCUGGCACUAAGACCGCCCUGACAAUCUUUUGGUACUACUUGCUAGCAUUGAGUACAUACUUUUGGUUAAUAUAUUUUGUUUAUAAGACUAAUAGAUAAUACAGUUUUGAAUUAGCAAAACAUUUAUGUGGCUAAUUCUGAUACGUGUAAUGGGAUCAAAGUUCCUUUUCCAUGUUGGAGAUUUUCAUAUGGUUUGUUUUGUACCAUCUUACACUUGUGACCAUUCAUCGAAUUUUGACCUUGGAUUUACAACAUAUAUUUAGUCAUUUGCCUACA